AUGGCUCAAGACUCGCAUUCUGCGUUUGACACUCCUUUCGACCAAUUGCCCAAUCCAAAACGCGUCUGGGUCGGCGAGCCUGGAAGCCGCGAAGAGGGCCUGGGGAAAUUGGCCCUACUCACUCCUGAGGUAGUCGCUCAGGCGGCAGCCAGUGAGAUCAAAACAGGGAAAAGGGUGGGGCUAGAUUGGAAUCUGAAGCAAAUGGAGGUAUCCAGCAGAAGCAGGCAUACCUGCCAACACCACAUCCUCACUACUCUGGCUGGAGCUGCCAACGACGACAUCUACAUCUUCAAUCCUCAGCAAAGUAGUCAGUGGGAUGGCUUCAGGCACUUCUCUCAGCCUUUGGAUAUCAAUGAAGCGGGCUCAGACCCCAUUGUCAGCCACAGCACUCCAAGGGUGUUCUAUGGGGGCACGUCGCUCAAUGAAAUCCGUGACCGCUCAAAUACCAGGAUCGGUACUAAUCACUGGGCUCAAGAGGGAAUUUCAGGACGCGGGGUCCUCAUCGACUAUGCUAGCUGGGCCGAGAAGAACGACAUCACCUUCAGCGCCUUCGAACAGCACCACAUCAGCCUUGACACGAUCCACCGCAUUGCCACCCAGUGUCGCAUCGAAUUCAGGCGAGGUGACAUCCUUUUUGUCCGCACUGGGCUGACGAGAGAGUACGAAAACAUGACGCUGGCUGAGAAGAACGCCCUCAACGCGAGAAAGCCGCUGCACGCCGGUGUAGAGGCCACCACAGAUGUCCUCCGAUUCUUGUGGGACAUGAAAUUCGCUGCAGUGGCCGGCGACAACUUGAGCUGGGAGAGCUAUCCCUCCAAGACGCCUGGGAUAUUCAUGCAUGAGUGGCUCCUGCCGGGCUGGGGUAUGCCCAUCGGAGAGCUCUUCGACCUCGAAAGACUGUCACGCAUGUGUAAGGAGCUUGACCGCUACACGUUUUUUGUUACGUCCAUGCCCUUGAAUAUGCCGGGAGGAGUGUCGUCGCCACCAAACGCUAUGGCGAUAUUCUAG